ACUAUCAGAAUAAAUGAAGAAUAUGUCAUGCGAAAACACGGAAGUGCGGAACAAGCUCUCAUUGCCCCAGUUCAAUCGUUCUCCAACUGGGAUGCCUCUCGUCAGCAAAGAUACCCAGCAAAUUUUGGGUCCCGUGGGGGCGUAUACCAGCGUGGAAGUUACCGUGGAGGUGCUACCAGAGCAAGAGAGAUAUACAGAGGUGGAAAUUUUCAAAACCAAAUGAACAGAGGGCGAUUUCAAUUCAGGAUGAACAGAGGUGUAGGUUCCCAAUCUAGUCCAUCAUCGGAUAGAAACUGUUGGCGUUGUGGUGGAGUUUAUCACUCACCAAAUGACUGUAACGUCAAAGAAAAAGUAUGCAACAAAUGUGGACAGGUUGGCCAUAUUCAAAGAGUGUGUUUCGGUUCAUUCAAACGUGCAGGAGAACAUACUUUAGAUAUACCACCAAACAAGAUUGCCGCGAUCGAGAUCCAAGGAAAGUCCGAUGAUGAAUCGAAAGUGGAAACCCCGGUAAGUGAGAAUACGGGAGAUUAAAAGAUAUCGAUUGAUUACAUAAACGCGAGGAAAUGACUUACUUUAAUAACUCAAAACGAAUGUAUACCACUUCAAAACCAAUAUUUUGUAAGAACCAGAUGUUCUACUAGUUAGUUAGUAUGACUGGUUUAAAAAAGGAAAGAGCACGUGAGAUUACAAUGAGUUUUUUUUUUAUUGACUAGUUUCAGGACAGGUUCUAGUAAUCAUUUUGUUAAAAUUAUCCUUAUUUGAAUUGCCCCAACA